AUGUCCAUCUUUUCGAGGUAUUCGAUGCGCCCGAACCGCGGCUUUCUGGGUUCCGACAGCUCAGCCUUGCCAGCUCAAGAUGCACAGGAUCGUCAGCAAUUGAGAUAUGAACUUGACCUCAACUCCUGGAACCUCCGCAUUUGGGGCGUCGCCGCUUCAGGCUUCCUGACAGACUCUUAUAAUCUAUUUUCCACCAACGUCAUUCUUGCCUCCAUCGCUUUCGUUUACUGGCCCGAAGGUGGUGACCUGUAUGGCUUGCUCAUCAACUUCUUCACACUGCUUGGCUCUGUCAUCGGUCAACUCUUGUUUGGCUACCUUGCCGAUCGAUAUGGCCGAACUCGUCUUUACGGUAUUGAGCUGGUCCUCGUAAUCGUCUCGACCAUUGGCGUUGCCACAAGUAGUCAUGGCUAUCAGGACCUCUCGUUCCUUGGUCUCUUCGUGUGGUGGCGUUUUGUAAUGGGAAUAGGCAUCGGUGCCGAAUACCCUUUAAGCGCAGUCAUAACCUCUGAGUGGGCGAGCACUCAAUCUAGAGGUAAAAUGCUCGCAAGCGUAUUCAUGAUGCAGCCCGUCGGCCAAGCCCUGGCGCAAAUCGUCGGCCUAUUUGUUCUACUUGGCUUCGAGAAGAGUCACAACCUUCGCGAGAUGCGCUGCGGUCUCGAUACAUUGCACCAAGAGGAAUGCAAAAAGGCACUGGAUGGGAUCUGGCGCAUCGUCAUUGGCUCUGGAGCUGUCCCGGCUCUGCUCGCCAUCAUUUUCCGGUUCUUCCUGUUUGACUGCGGCAUCUACAGUCUCGAGGUCCGCAACAAGCCGGCCGUUGCUCUAAUGAAUACCCAGAGGAUAUAUGGUGCUCCACAUGGAAGUGUACCAAAUGGAGGACCUCCAGAUGGCUUCGGGCACAGCCAGAACACACCGAAUGGAUACCCUAUGAACCGCUCCAACGCCGGUAACCAUAUGACGACAUCGUACCAGAUGAACCCGCCCAACGGUGCCCAUACCAUGAACUCAUACCAAAUGAAUGGCCAAAAUCCCAUGCACCAGUCCAACUCGCCUCAGGCAAUGCCACUCCAAUUCUCAAAGGAGGACCUUCACAACUACUUCAUCCGGGAUGGAAACUGGGCAUACCUCCUCGGGACUGCGGCAACAUGGUUUUUCCUCGAUGUGAGCUUUUAUGGUAUGUCACUUGAUAACAGGGGCACUUUGUCAGGCAUGUGGGCGACGAAGAAACCAACUCCUAUCAAUGACCAGCUCUCCUGCUGGAACUCAUCUUUGCCAGGAGGCAACUCGACCGUGCCCUCAUGGGUGGAGAAGGGACUGCCAAUCUGGUCGACUGACGCCACACACCCGUGUAACACUAUAUACGACGUGUUAAUCGAGCAAACGAAGCAGUAUCUACUCACAGUUUCGCUCGCAUCGAUCGCUGGCAGUGCUUGCUUUGUCCUCCUUGCUAACCGCAUCCCGCGACGCCUGUGGCUCACGGGCUCGUUCCUCGUCCUUACUCUCUUCUUUGUCGUAACCGGCUGCGUCUACUACGGCGUUCACCAACAGGAGGGAGCACCUGCUACGGUUGUAUUUGUGGCUAUUUGCCACUUCAUGUUCAACUUCGGCGCCAACACGUUGACCUUCAUGAUACCCGCCGAGAUUUUCCCGACCUGCUACCGAUGUACCUGCCACGGAAUUUCUGCGGCUGCCGGAAAACUAGGCAGUAUUGUGGCUGUUCUCGUCGUUUACGGCAUCAACCAGUCAUAUGAUAGCAAGACCCGACAGGGCCUCAUUUUCCUCCUAUUUGGCUCUGUGGCCGCCGUCGGUGCCAUCUUUUCUUGGGCUUACCUGCCCAACGUCCAGCGCUGGGUCGAGGACGAUGGUCGCAAGCGUCUCGAAGCAAAGACGCUCGAAGAACUUGGCGAGGGCAGGGUCAAAGCCCGGCUGUCGGGCGAAACGGUUACUCUCAACGAAAAGGUGGACGAGCUCAGGAGAAGGAAUAGGGGAUCGCAUAGAGGGGAAGGUUCCGUCCCGCUGCCUGACACCUGA